AUGGACAACCCCCCAAGAACCAGCGAGUCGGGAGAGGAUCGAGACCCGCAUGAUCUGUCUCUAUCCCCGCAACAUGCUACACGGACAUCCAUUGUUGACAACAUGCUUCUCUCGCUCGAUCAAUUUGCCCCCAGUUCAUCUGUUCUAGACGACUACCGGCUCUUCAACUCAGCAUUUGAAACAGACCACCAAAGCCAUUACUCGCAAGAGUCUUAUUCGCACGGCCGAUACCGUGGCCACACAUUCUCCUCGUCAAUGUCCUCAGAACUAGACUACGGGUUUGAAGAUGCGACGGCCCGCUACCCAACGGCCACAGCGGCCCAGGGCCAACGCAGCAACAGUAGUUCCAAUCACCAGACAACGCCGAGACAAGUGGGAAGCUCACGGGGUGGUACCGGCACUAUACCACGAUCGAACACCGCUCGGCAAGGUAGCAAGGGGAGCUCAGCGUCCGCUGUGGACUAUACAUACACAAUUCCCAGAGCACGAACGGAUCAAGGAUUAGACCGACGCUCAGCCAGUUUUGAUUGUGGCCCAAAACGAGCGUUUGCGCCCUCCACGAGUGUGCCGGCAGGACCAUUCUACGAUGAUCAUGAUGCGGCACCCACUCCGAGUGUGCCAGCGGGGCCACGAAAGGUCCAGGACUGCGCGCGCACACCGGUAGCCUCGCGACGGAAUAGUAUGAAAUCCGCCCAAGCCCCUCUAAUCCGGAAGGUUCAGCCUGAGAACACCAACACAAACCCACAGAGAGAUGACUUCCAAACUACCGACACAGCCGCCAUCGCGGGAUCGUUGGACCCCCCUGCUCCUAGUCCGACUAUAUCCUACAACAAACCGGCUUUUCCUCCACCAGAACCAAUCUCAAUUACCACCAUUCCCACCAACCCGAAAGAAAGGCCGGGUUUCUUCCGGCGUGUCUUUGGAUCCAAGACCUCAGCUCCCCUCCCCGCAGAUACAACAAGUGUAUAUGAUGUAUCACAAGAACAUAAAACGACGACCAGUCUGAAUGCAACGAAGACCCCUGCAGUUGCUUCUCCUUCCUCCGCCCGCACAGGACCCCAUCAGGUUGUGAACAAGAAAUCUUCCUUCUUCCGUAGAAGGAAGCGAUCAGUACCUGAUCAUGCACCUCCACCAAUUGUAAUUCCCCAGCACCUUGCACCACAGACUAUGGAUGCAUUGCCAGCCCCAAGUCCAGUGAGCAGCCUGCGACAACUCAUGAAUCCUUAUCUCGACGAAGAGAAUUUGGACGGCGAGGCUAACAGACAAUCGGAAUUCUUGCAGGCUCAAAAAGAAGUUUCCUCCCGAACCAUACCCUUAGCUCCUACCUCAUCCGCCGAGAAAGAUUUCUCGGGCAGCGAAAUCUCCACAGACUCUGCCAUGCAGGAAAUGUCUCAGAGUGUUGCCGCUUCUCUUACCUUGUCCCCUGUGGUCGAGGAUUUCUCUCGCAGCAUCACAUCACACGCAGAUGCUCCUCAGAUCAAUAUAUCAAAGUCGCCUGUAGACCCAGUGUCUCCCAUGGAUGCUAUAUCUCCUGUGGACUCCAUAUCAACAGCAUCGCACUAUCACACCGCUGUGAACACACCACUCAUCGAACAGGAAGAGCCUGAUCCAGCCCAAGACAAUGAACCUGGCGAUGCCAUUGAAUAUGGUCCCACGGCAUUAGACCGCGAACAAGCUCAAAAGCUCUUCGACAGCCAGGAUCAGGUAGUGGGCAAUGAGCCUGCUGCCGCAUGGCUGGGAGAUCCCGAUCGGGCAAUGGUCCGGGAAGCAUACAUGCAGCUGUUCAACUGGUCCAACCUCAAUAUUGUCGCCUCUCUCCGGGCUCUCUGUGAUCGGUUGGUGCUCAAAGGAGAAACGCAGCAAGUGGAUCGUGUUUUGGAUGCCUUUUCAUCUAGAUGGUGUGAUUGCAACCCAAGUCAUGGCUUCAAAGCUACCGAUGUUGUCCAUACAAUUUGCUAUUCUAUCUUGCUCUUAAACACUGAUCUGCACUUGGCCGACAUCGACUCAAAGAUGACAAAAUCACAAUUUGUCCGAAAUACUAUGCCCACUAUCCACCGAGUGGCAAUGGAUGCUGCACCUGAAGGAUUCCAAACUUUGCAAAAACUUAACCCCGUAGAGGGGUUGGAUCAUGAGCAUGGUGGUCUCCAUGAUGCCGGUCCUUUGGUCAAUACACCUUUUACCGGAACAGUGAGGGCUUGGGAGCAACAGGUUGAAGCUGUGCUCAAAGAAUUCUACACGUCAAUUCAGAAGGAAAAGUUGCCUUUAUUCGGUGCCCAGCCAGAACGAGAGAUACAUCGUAUGUCGUCCCACAACUUUUUGGGACCCUCCAGCGGCACUCUUCGUAGAAGCCCCAGCACAAUCAGCAAGAGUGGUUCUGACAUCUUUCCCCGCGGCCGUUCUGCCAAUUCAAACCACGGAGCUGCACGGUGGUCAUCCAAGCCCCGCUCCCGGGCUGGGAGGCUUUAUCCCCCCUCGAUGAUGGGGUCUAGUCGCACCAGCCUAGACGAUCAAUCAUCUGUUUGGAGCCCGACUGGAUCCAGUACGUGGAGUAAAUAUUCCCUAGGCAAGUUCACUUCGGCCUCUGUGGAUUCAUUUGGCUCAGACUUCCCCCGCGGUGAGUACCAACAAUCCAUUGGUUUUGCCAAUGCCCUGAGCCAGGCCAUCAUCCGAGAGGAUUCUGCAGCCUCGGUAUAUAGCUUUGAGGAACCUGAGCGAACAACCCCUCUGCUCGAAGACGACACAUUGGCUCUGGCCGGGGCUCCGUGGGCCAAGGAGGGCAGCCUGAAGCAUAAGCAUCACCUGGAUGCGGUGGACAAACGGGCCAAGGAUCGGAACUGGAACGAUUGCUUUGCGGUUAUACAGCAAGGUUGGAUGCGCCUUUUCUCGUUCAACAGCCCCACCAAGUCAAUGCGCCAAAAGACUAGACAGCCAGGAGGCAUUGUGGUCGGUGGCGGCAACUGGACCGAGAAUGCGGAAGAGCUUUGGAAGUUUAUGCUGCGCCAGACCAUCGCCAGUGCCCUUCCAUCGCCCGGAUACUCAAAAUCCCGUCCUUAUGUCUGGGCUUUGAGCCUGCCCACUGGGGCAGUCCAUCUCUUCCAAGUUGGAACGUCUGAGAUUGUCCGGGAAUUUGUUUCCACGGCCAACUACUGGAGCGCGCGAUUGUCCAAAGAGCCCCUUAUCGGAGGCAUCAGCAAUAUUGAAUAUGGGUGGAGUGACGGUGUCAUCAACAGUGCCCUGAUUGGGGAUGAAAAUCGAUCCCCACCACCUUCAUCGGGCGCCAGGGCGAGUAUGCAAAGCUCCAUCCGAAGCUCCAUGGAUCAACAGGGCGUGCGACCCCGACUUCCUGCGGAUCGGGUCACCAUCAGCGAUUGGAGUCCACCGCAACAGAGUAUGGUCGCCUCGAACCUGACCGAGGAGGAACAACUGAAGGCCUUGCAGGCCUAUGUGAAGAAUGUGGAAGAUGAUCUUACCCGCCACAAUGAAUUGCGUGCUGCGAUGAACCUUGCUUUCUCUCCACGCCACCCCAAUGCUGCCAAAUCCAUGGUGAACUGGGAACGCAAAUCAGCCUAUCUAUUGCGCGAGAUUGUCAAAUUCCGCACCUACAUUGACUCUCUCCGCAAUGCCAUCAAUUCUAAAGAGAAAAUCUUCGCCUCCAACAUCAACAACUCUCAGGAGAACGAGGAACCGGCUGUGUCGUAA